AUGAGAAGUUCUGUUCAACUGUGUUUACAUAACGAGAAGAAGCAAUACUUCUUAAACCGUGGCGAAUUAUUAGGUUAUGAUACUCCCUUUAAUAAAUUUCUUAUAAAACAGGGUAUCUUCUACUAUCCUCGAUUUAUUAUCAAUUAUUUCGAUAGAAGAAAUAAAUGCCAUAAACUAAAGUAUAGUUCAGAUAGUCUGUCUUCUUCAAGUUCGUUAUUUACAAAUUCUAAUGAUUCUUCCUCUUCCGUAACGGAGCUUUCUGAUAUACAAACUGCUGUGGAAAACACUCCUAUACUAAAUUUAGGAAAGUUUACUGCUAUAUCUACAGAAGAAACUACUCCUGUUUCUACUAAGAUUGUUGUGCCUACUCCAAAACGAUCAUACUGUAAUACAAAUGUAUUAUUUGAUCUUUCUCGCUACUAUUUAGAAGAUGAAGAUCAAGAAUUUGAUGAGUAUUUCACAUGUGAUGAUAGAAGUUUUGAAGACCACUCUGAAUAUGAUGCAGUAAGUGAUUCCUCUUCUAUUUUGCUGGUCAUAACAGAAAAUAACGAGUUUGAUUUCACUCCAACAUCUGGUGUUCAAAUUACUCCAUCUGGUAAUUCUUCUUGCAAUAACAAUAACAAUAAUAAUAACAAUAACAGUGUCAAUGAAAGUACUCUGUUACACUUCUAUAAUCUUAAUAAUUUCUCAUUCUGUUCUUCAUCCAAAUUCUCCGUACUAAAUAAAGGGCGCCCUUCUUGUGCAAAUAUCAGUUUCCUUUAA